AUGAGUCCUGACUAUUCCCCCAGUCAUGAUAUUCAAACCCAUGCAGCCCGCAUGAAAACCUUUGUGACCUGGCCACCUCAAAUUCCUGUCCAUCCAGAGCAGCUUGCAAGUGCUGGCUUUUAUUAUGUGGGUCGAAAUGAUGAUGUCAAAUGCUUUUGCUGUGAUGGUAGACUGAGGUGUUGGGAAUCAGGAGAUGAUCCUUGGGUGGAGCAUGCCAAAUGGUUCCCAAGGUGUGAGUAUUUGAUACAAAUGAAAGGACAAGAGUUUGUUAAUCAAGUUCAAGCUAGGUACCCUCAUCUCCUUGAACAGCUAUUGUCAACUUCAGAUGCUCCAGGGGAUGAAAGUGCUGAUCUACCAAAUAUUCAUUUUGGACCUGGUGAAAAUAAUUCUGAAGAUGCUGUCAUGAUGAACACUCCUGUGAUUAAAGCUGCUUUGGAAAUGGGCUUCAGUAGAAGUCUGGUAAAACAGAUUGUUCAUAGUAAAAUCUUAACAACUGGAGAAAAUUAUAAAACAGCCAAUGACAUUGUAUCAGACCUCCUCAAUGCAGAAGAUGAAAAAAGGAAGGAAGAGAAAGAGAGACAAACUGAAGAAAUGGCAUCAGAUGACCUGACAUUAAUUCGGAAGAAUAGAAUGGCUCUGUUUCAGCAUUUGACCUGUGUACUUCCUAUCCUGGAUAAUCUCUUAACAUCGGGUGUGAUUAAUGAGCAGGAACAUGAUGUUAUUAAACAAAAAACACAGAUGUCUCUACAAGCAAGAGAACUGAUUGAUACCAUUUUAGUCAAAGGAAAUGCUGCAGCCAAUAUUUUAAAAUAUUUUCUCAAAGAAAUUGAUUCUGUGUUGUAUAACAAUUUAUUUGUGGAAAAGAACAUGAAGUAUAUUCCAACAGAAGAUGUUUCAGGUCUUCCUAUGGAAGAACAGCUUAGGAGAUUACAGGAAGAAAGAACAUUUAUCUGUAUGUACAAUGAAGUUUCUAUUGUAUUUAUUCCUUGUGGUCAUCUGGUAUUAUGCAAAGAAUGUGCUCCUUCUCUAAGAAAAUGCCCUAUUUGCAGGGGUAUAAUCAAAGGUACAGUUCGUACAUUUCUUUCAUGCAAAGAAUCCAUACUUCCAAAUUUGUAUGGAGACAACUUCAAAAUGGUCAGUCAGGAGCCACUGAAGCCUUUUGGAAGAAAGAAUAAAGUAUUUUAA